UUCAAAUGCGAUUUCCAUAAAUAAUAUUUUCUAUUUUAUUUUUAAGCUUUUAACAUUCAUUCGCUAAUUUUGAAAUGAAAUAUUGAAAUUGUUUACUUUAUGUAUAAUCUUUAAUUUUUAAUAUUUCUAAAAAUAGUUGAUUUUUAUUUUUAAAAACUGCUUGUUUAAAACAAUUGAAAUUGGGUUUUAUAUUUUGAAAGUUAACAGAAUAAUGAAAGUUGAUAGUUACAUUGAAGAAGUUGAAAAAUGUAUCCAGGCAUUCAAAGUUCAGUUACAAGAGCAGCAAAAAGAACUACAGGAAGAUGAAGGAAAAGUUCUAGAUUUAUUAAGUGCUUUUUAUAAAAAAGAUUCACCGAAGCAAGACCUACAUUGUGCAGAUCAGAUGACAAUUUCAUUCCCUAAUACAAGUUCGAUUAGUUCACUUUUCAAGGAUGAUAGUGCUGAAAGUUUUAUUUUUAAAUUAGGCCAAGAGGAUAAGCGUCGACAUCUUGUGGCUGAAAGGAGAGCUGAAUAUAAUUUAUAUUUAGAAAAGAAGGAUAAAGAAUUACAGUCUCGCCGUAAAGUCCUGGAGGAAAGUCGAAAUGUGACUCCCCGGUCUAUUCUUGAAUCUGUAGAUUAUAAGAAAAUACUUGCUAAGAGAAAAGAAGAGGAGUCGAAAUUUAGGAAUCUCAAUUAUGCUGAACCAAGUAUAGAUAAAAAAAUUUCCAAACCUGAAAUUUCUGUGAAAGAAAAUGUAGAUCUAUCUUUGGAAAAUCAUAUCAAGUCAGGUGCUGAUCUUCCUAUACCUCAACCUGCUCCCAUUGUAGCACAUAGAACUGGAGGAGGAGGAGAACCAGUCAAGGAUUCUUCUGGGAAUCUUAUAACCAACAGGGGAUAUAAAGCAAGUUCUUCAGAAUACUUUCCGUUUCUACAAGACACUUCCAAGCACAAAAAAGAUUACUAUAGAGAAGAAUUACGCAAACAGAUUGAAGAAAGGAAACGAAUAAAGGAACUGGAAGAAGAAAAAGCUAGACUUCUGGAAGAUCAGAUUGCGCAACGGAUUGAACAGCAGAGGAGACAAAUGCAAAUGGAGUAUGAGAAAGAACUUCAGAAGAACAUCUUACUUAAAGAACAGCGGCAACAAGAAAGAUUAAAGCAGUUAGAAGAAUUCCAAAAACGUGAUGCUGCUUUGAAAAAUAAAAGAAUGAGAGAAAUUCAAGCGCUAGAUGGAAAGGAUUCAAUAAACUUAAAUGUUGUGCAAGAACCUCCCAAAAGAAGUGCUUCACCUCCUGUGCCUUCUGUCCGUUCCAAAGUUAUUCUAGAAAGAGUUGUAUCUCCAGAGGUUGCAACUAAAACUCAGGCUUUAAGUGGAGUGAAGCCAGAAAAUAUAUUUAGUUCCUUGGCUGAAAUUAGAAGAACUAUCAUGCAGGAACAGAACAAUGCAAGGAAAGAUUUAAAAGAUUCUUAUGAAGUAAUGAACAGGCGAACGGUUGUUGAUGAUUCUGAUGAUUUGCCUUUCUGAUGAGAAAUGAAACUUACUUAUUAUCUUCAGAAAGAGCCGUGUUCUUCUUUUUGUCUCCAGAUUUUAUCUUGGAGAGGUUUUAUCUCCAAGAAUGUUGCUUUCAGCAAAUACAGAAUUUAUAAAAUAUAUUGCUAGAGGUCUGCAUCGAAAAAAAUUUUUUGAAUAGUUUAUCCUUUAUUUAUUUUUUAAAAUCCCCUUUUGAGAUUUAAAAAAAAAAAUCAUUUUUUCUUGAA